UCAAGAGUACAAAAGAGCAUGAAAAAGGAAGGAACAAGAUCUUAAAUCAAAGCCACCAGACGACACAAUGAGAUCAACACGGAGCAGCCCACAGAAAAUUGCUCACACUCCCAAAUCCAAAUCUUUGAUUUAUCCUGAAUAUCAUAAUUUGGCUAAUGAACUUAAUAAAUUUUCAGGAAAAAGAGACUAUCUAGAGUGGGAGAAUGAGAUGGAUGAAUGGUUUUAUGACAAUCACAUCCCGAGAGAGAAGAUAUUAUCUUAUGCACUUAGAAAACUCACGGGAGAUGCUUACAGAUGGUGGUUGCAAGAAGUUGAUGAACGUUGGUAUAACAAGGAGCCCAAUAUCACCUCAUGGAGAGAGCUUAAGAAACUGCUAAGGAAUAAGUAUGCUCCACAAGCACUAGAACGCGCUCCAAAAGCCAAUUCCAAAACUCAAGGGUUAGCAGUUCAAGAAAAGAAAGCAGUCGUAGUCCCAAAUCAAAAGAAAACCUCAACACCCGUGGAGGCUAAGACGCAAGCUGAUCUUUUUGAGGAGUUAACCAAGAACUUUAAAAAUCAGAAAAUGGAGGCUAAAUCAACAUCUCAACCAAAGAAGGUCCCUGAACAAAUUGUAGUUCACAAGCAAAGCCGACAACUAUCAAUUAAAUCAAGCGGUGAACCAAAGCAAUGUAAGUCUUCUAUUGUUUCAAAAUCCAGGGGAGUUACUUGUUAUAACUGUCGUAAGAAAGGACAUUUAGUUGCAACUUGCCCUGAAAAACUUGAGCUUACUAAUACUUCAUUAGAAUCGAAACUGAGCUCACCAAACUCAAGUAGUGAAGUAAUUUGUCGAGGUUUAGAAAAUUCCAGUUCUUGUGUCAUGCACUUGUUCUUGUCAAAGAAUGUUGAUUCAGGUCAUACAUCGAAGCAUGAGAAUGACAAAACUGGAGAAGCCAUAAAGGAGAGACCAAUUUGUCUCGAGAAGGAAAUGUCUUUUCAAAAGCCAGAACCAAAGCAACUGUUACCAAUCUGCAAAGAAUUCAUGAUGCUGCAAGAAAGUGAUGUGAACAACAUCAAAGAGAACAUGGAGAUUCAACUACAUCUAGCAGUUCAAGAUCAGGAAAACGUAACUCGCAAGGAAGAGCAAACUGAAAACAAAACAAUGGAGCAACUUGCCUUACCCAGGGAGUUCUUAAAAGCUAAUUGUGAUAUUCCUUUUAUUCAAUCAAAUGUUGCGUCUGAAAAGACUUGUGGAAAACUAACUAGCUUAGAACCAGAGCAAGCGAGUAGUGUUGUUUGUUUUUCGCAGGUUCAAGAAAAAGAAACGUCUGAAACAACGCAAAGGAGUUGGCCAUUGAGUAAUAAUAUGGAUCACACCAGCUUUGUGCCAAAACCAGUUCCUAUACCAUUUCCUUGUGACUACACACGAAAUCACUGUAAGGAAAUUGAUAUGGUUAGGAAAUAUCCUAAUUUGUUUGUGUUGAUUUCUGCUCAAGAUGAAAAACGUUUUGGUUUAGAAAAUGCAAAGGAAUUUUGUGUUUCAAAAACUGCUUUUGAUAAAAUCAUUCCGACUUUUGAAACUCUCACACUUGAAAUGUUAUUUGAGCCAAAAGGUUUUCUCUUCGAUGAGUUUUUUGAAUUGAAUUCUUCUUUGAGAGAUUCUUUGUGUAGCAAUGAAAUUGAGAUGUUCAGAACUAAAACUGAGAAUGUAUAG